GUGGUCCCUGCAGAGGGUGGAGAAGUGGAGAUGGGUGUGAAGGGGCAGGGCUGCAUGGCAGAAGAGUGGCAGCGAGUCCCUGUGGCGCUGGUUGGGCAGGAGUGGCUGGGGCAGAUCUGGGUGGCGACUGCGACUCUCCAAGCUAAGGGCAUCGCAAGUGGGUGGCAUUAUUGGGGCUGCAAGGCCCCAAGGGCAGGGUGGUGAGAGCGUGAGGAGACAGCCAGAGUGGAGACACGAGGGGCUGCUGGGAUAGGGAUCUGUUCCUGUGGGGCCAGCGGCCACCACUCCCAUGUUCUGGCACUGAUCGUCUCUGUGCCUAUGUGUUACCGAGGGUGGCCACAGCACUCUCCUCCUCUACGCAGUGAGGCAUGGCCCAGAUCCCAGCUGCUGGAGAGUCGCAGGAUGCCCCGCAAGCCCCCUCAGCGGGGAAGGAGCUCGGCUGACCAACGCCGAUGCUGCGGCAGGAGAUGGUUCAGCUGUUGCCUGUAGGGAUGCAGGCUCCAAGGCCCGGAUAGGAGCCCAGCUGGCCAGCCAUGGGGCCCUGCUGGGGCUGGCCUCUCUCUGCUACCCCCCGUGGCCUGACAGUGGCCAGCAUCUGCCCUGAGGUGCCACCAUGAAGCGGCCCACACUGGUGUCUGGGCUUCUCCGUGUCCUGGGCUUCUUUGGGCAGAAGCCGCAGGUUGUCAGGGAGAUGUCUUCAGAGCUGAAGCCAGAGCUGGGGGGCCCUGAGGAGAUCCACAUCACGCUGCCCAUGAGUGAUGAUGGGGAGCUGGUGGAGUGCCCCCUGUGCUUGCUGCCCCAGCCACCCGAGGCCUUCCCCACACUGGCCUCCUGUGCCCACCACUCGUGCCGGGCCUGCCUGGAGCAGUACCUGCUCAUUGCUGUCAGUGAGAGCUGCGUGCAGGUGGCCUGCCCACACUGCCCUGCCACGCUCCAGCCUGCUGACAUCCACUGCCUCCUGGCAGACCCCAUUCUCUGCAACAAGUACGAGGAGUUUCUCCUGCAGCGGCUGCUUGUGGCUGACUCCAGCACCUGCUGAUGCCCUGCACCUGACUGCAGCUACGCUGUCAUUGCCUAUGGCUGCGCUGAGUGUCUGCGCCUUACCUGCGAGCGCAAGGGCUGUGGCACUGAGUUCUGCUACCACUGCUGGCAGCCCUGGCACCCCGAUGGUCCAUGCAAGCUGGUGCCAUGAGCCCCCAACUUGGCCGCUCCCUCGGCACAGCUUGUCCACCAGGAGGACACAGCCCAUGCAGAGGCUGAGGACAUCAAGGCCUGUCCCUACUGUGGUGCCUUCAUCAUGAAGAUCAAUGGCGGGAGCUGCAACCGCAUGAACAGCACCAUUUGUGGCUGUCUCUUCUGCUGGCUCUGCCUGCGGGAGAUCUCUGAUGUGCACUUCCUGAGCCCCUCUGGCUGCACCUUCUGGGGAAAGCAGCCCUGGUCUCAGACCCGGAAGAUCCUGUGGCAGCUGGGCAUGGUGCUGGGGGCACCCAUGGUGAUCUCCCUUGUGGCAGGGAUUGCUGUCCCUGUCAUCACCAUCAGGAUCCCCAUCUACAUGGGUAGGAAGGUGCUUGGCCGGAGCCGGAAGAGCAGACUGUUAGGGUGCCAGCAGUGCCUUUCUAUCACCAGCAGUGUCCUCCUGUCUCUCUUUGUGUCCCCCAUAAUCAUGGCCGACACAGUUGGAGUUGGUGUGCCCCUGAUGCUCGCCUACAUCUAUGGGGUUGUGGUGCUGUCACUGUGUCGGAGCCGCUGGGGCUGUGGUGGCAGCCAUGGCCAGCCAGGAGACCUUGGCAUGGUGGAGCUGGAGAACAUGAUCAAACUGAACCAGCUGUGGUUGGUGCUGCCCAGCCCCUGGGGGGCUGUGGCUGGCUGCAGGGAAGGUGUCAACAUCAAAGUGGAGGUGGAGAUCGAAGUGGUGCUGCACCCUGGCCAUGAGCAGAGCCUGUGCAGCGCCCUGUCUGGGCAAAGUCUCUCUGGCUCCCUAGGUGGCACCAGCAAGGGGUGCAGCACAGCAGGUGGCCCAGCAGAGUGAGGACUGUGGCUGAGGCCUGGGCAGCACUGAGCAACGAGACCCUCCCUGACCACAGAGGCCUUUUCUGGGCUCCCACUCACACUGACUUGAAGAUCACACAUGCUCCCAGGGCAGAGCUCGGUGCUGUGAGUGCAGGCACCACAAGCCCCGUGCACUGGGUUCCAGCCAACCCCUGGCAGGGCAGGCUCUCACAGGGCUCUCAGCGCCACCAGCCCUGUACCAUCUCUGCUGAGGCAGCCUUGAGCACUGGCACCGCUAGAAAAUAAAUGUAGUUGCUGAGGGCACGUGUCCUGCAGC